AGAGCGGUCUGCCGAUAUUUGCGGGUUAAGAAAGAUGGCGGCUGAGAAGAGCAGGUUGAAACAGCGGAGUCAUAAAAGCAGCAUAUUUAAAGAAGGUGGCCACAGUUUUAAAUCAUGCGCAUCCCAGAUGAGGUGUGAAGAGGAGGACUAUGACCUGCUGGAGGAGGAAGAGGAGGAGAAAGUGGGCAGGCCCCAGCCUGUGCAGAUUGUAGUGGCAAAUGAGGAGGAGCAUUCAUUCUUCCUGCAGGAGCAGGUGCUGGAGCAACUGCUGCUGCAGAAGAAGGUCCAGGACCUCCAUGUGGUCGUCGUCUCUGUGGCUGGAGCUUUUCGCAAGGGCAAAUCCUUCCUGCUCGACUUUAUGCUUCGUUACAUGUACAAACAGUCAUCUGAUUCGUGGCUCGGCGGUGUGGAGGAACCUCUGACCGGCUUCACUUGGCGGGGUGGUUGUGAACGGGAGACCACGGGCAUCCAGGCGUGGAGCGAUGUGUUUGUAGUGGAGAAACCAGAUCACAGCAAGGUUGCAGUUCUACUAAUAGACACACAGGGAGCGUUUGACAGCCAGUCUACCGUUAAAGACUGUGCCACACUAUUUGCCUUGAGCACCAUGACCAGCUCUGUGCAGGUGUACAACCUUUCCCAGAAUGUUCAGGAAGAUGACCUUCAGCAUCUCCAGCUCUUCACUGAAUAUGGACGACUGGCCAUGGAGGAAGUCUAUGAGAAACCCUUUCAGAGACUGAUGUUCCUAAUCAGAGAUUGGAGUUACCCAUAUGAACAUCCAUACGGCCUGGAGGGAGGGCGGGGCUUCUUGGAUAAACGAUUGCAGGUGAAACAGAACCAACACGAGGAGCUCCAGAAUGUCCGCAGACACAUCCACUCCUGCUUCUCCAAAAUCAGCUGUUUCUUGUUGCCUCACCCUGGCCUCAAGGUGGCCACCAAUCCUCAUUUCGAUGGGCGGCUCACAGAUAUUGAUGGGGACUUCCAGAAGGAGCUGCUGAACCUCGUUCCAGCGCUGCUUGCUCCAGAAAAUCUAGUGGAAAAAGAGAUUGGAGGAGUCAAAAUUACCUGCAGAGAUCUGCUGCACUAUUUCAAAGCCUACAUGAAGAUCUAUCAGGGAGAGGAACUCCCUCAUCCCAAAUCAAUGCUCCAGGCAACAGCUGAAGCAAAUAACCUUGCAGCUGUAGCAGGAUCCAAAGACAUAUACAACAAAAGCAUGGAGCAGAUCUGUGGUGGAGACAAACCAUACAUUUCCCCAGCAGAGUUAGAGCGCCGUCAUGUGGAGCUACGGCAGGCUUCCGUGCGGUGCUUCCGCUCUGUCAAGAAGAUGGGCGGAGAAGAUUUCUGCCGGCGCUACCAGGAGAAGCUGGAGGCAGAACUCGAUGAGGCCUAUGCCAACUUCAGCAAGCAGAAUGAUGGAAAGAACAUCUUCUACGCUGCACGGACGCCCGCCACACUCUUUGCUGUCAUGUUUGUCAUGUACAUAGUGUCAGUUGUCACCGGCUUUGUGGGCAUUAGCUCUGUGGCCACGCUGUGCAACCUGGUGAUGGGAUUGGCUCUGACAGCACUCUGCAUCUGGGCCUAUGUUAAAUACUCUGGAGAGUUUCGCGAGGUCGGAGGAUUCAUUGACCAGGUGGCUGAAACCCUCUGGGAACAGAGGACUCCACGAAAGAUCUUCUCCAAAGUCUUUGAGGUGGCCCGAAGUCGAGUCCUGUUUGGAAGCUUUAUCCCAACACCACGGCCCCGGCUCACCUCCAACAACAACAUCAAGAAGAAAAAUUAGCAGCACACCAUGUUUUCCCUGUCAUGUUGGGUUUUUUUUCCUCUCCCCCUCUCUCUUCCCUUUUCCUGUCACAUCCACCUUCUGCCCUGUUUUAAAAUGAUUUGAAAUGUAUAAAUAGAUUGGUUUUUUGGAUAUAGAUGAUGGUUCCUCGCCAUGCUGGCUGUGGGUUUAAGGGCACGCUGUAGUUCUGAACAAAGUGGUAUGAUGUAUUUUAUUCUCAACGAGGGUUAUGAUUCUUAGUGUGGGUGGCCAUUCUUACACCAUUAUACCAGGUGUGGUUACCUGUCAAAUAAUGACUGCACAUUAUUAAUCCCCGUUUAUCUGAAUGUAUGUAUGAAGAGCAUGUCACCAGACCCUCCUCACUUCUCUCUUUGCGGUACUUCCUCUUGUCUUCAUCAGGUUUCUGUGUCGCUGGGCGGCAAUACAAAUAGUUGUCACAACCAAAGUUUACAGUGUUACUCGUAGAAACUCUCUUAGUGUUUCUUGUGACUCUGCUGAACAUAUAUCAGCCAUAAAAACUUUCAAUCCACAUUAUGUAGGGUGUAUACAAUAAAAUAACCCUGUGACAUGAACAAACAUGAUUUCAGGUCAGGGCUCCAACCAGUUCUCUUCAUUAUUAAGUGAUUUUUAAAGUCUUACUUCAAUUGAACCUUUUCUGAAAAAGAUGGAAAUGACAGUUAUGCAGCAAUUUGUUUGUUUUUUUGUUUU